CUCAACCAAACACCCAGUGACACACUGGGAUGCAAACGCUGCUCCGCCGGCGGAACUCGGCUUUUCUACCCACUAACAAAGAGCCGGGACCGAAGAGGCCUCGUCGUCCGACUCCGACUCGCCCUCCGCCGCCGUCAGACCUGCCUGUGGGCCGAAGGAGAACCCGGAGGAAAGAAUCCCAGCUCGUGAAAACAAAACCCCUCCGAAGGGCUGCUGGUUCUAUUCUGCUGUGGAGAGGCGGGGAAUACAAAGCGACGUGGGGCUCGAACCCGUCACGUUCUGGAGACUAACACACGGAGAGAGUUUCACCACCAAACCAGCUGGUGCUGCUGUGACUGCCCAGCCACAGUACAUGGAUUAUCUGUGUUUCCGGGCACUGUGCUGUAAAGGACCCCCACCGCCAAGACCCGAGUAUGAUGUGGUGUGCAUUGGCCUGACAGGAGCUGGAAAGACCAGCCUGCUCUCACGCCUCUGUAGUGAGGGCAGUGACGGCAUCGUUCCUACAACAGGUUUCAGCAUCAAAGCAGUGCCAUUCCCAAAUGCCAUCUUGAAUGUAAAAGAACUUGGAGGAGCUGACCACAUCAAGAAAUACUGGAGUCGUUACUACCAGGGGUCCCAGGGAGUCGUCUUCGUAUUGGACAGCGCGUCAUCCGAUGAAGACCUCGAGGCCGCGCGGAACGAGCUCCACUCGGCCCUCCAGCACCCACAGCUCUGCACACUGCCUUUCCUCAUUCUCGCCAACCACCAGGACAAGCCUGCCGCAAGGACGCCAAACCAGAUCAAGAAAUACUUUGAGCUGGAGCCGCUGGCCCGAGGGAAACGCUGGAUCCUGGACGGCUGCUCCACCGACGGCAUGGAGGCGGUGAAGGAGAGCUUCAGUCAGUUCAUUAGUCUGCUGGAGGACAAAGACACUGAGCCUGCAAGGAUAUGAUGCUAACGCUGCUAAUGCAGAGACAUUAGUAGCCACCGGCUAACAAACGCCACAUCCUGCUGGCGCCCACGGUCACACACUCAUGCACAGACACAACCAUGUACACAGGAAAGCACCGCGGAUGUGGGCCACUCUGCCGGAGAUGUAUAUUCUAUGUUAUCCUCCCUUCACUGCGGCCUCACGGUUUUAAAUUGGAAGAGUGUGCGACGGCCGGGCGCGACACAACCUGAGAGGAGAGCUGCCGCCGAAUCCACCCGACGUCAAGUCAAGAAAAGUCCUCGAACUUUUCCACAAAUGGAAAUAUUGUUUACUGCUGUCUGUGCCAUUGUGAUUAAGUGGCAUCUGGGACCUUUGUCAUUCCUUGUAGUCAAUAUCAAUGAACACUAACACACACACACACACUGUCACACACGUAGCGGGGGCCAGGUUCUCUGUAGAUAUGUUUAAAGUCUCCACUAAUUCCUCUCCAGAAUGUGUGUGUGGACACGGUUGCUUCUCUGUCCUGUGUGACGUGCUGUGUGAGCUCAGGUGUGCGUCUCCUGGGACUCAGUCCAACAAAUGUGGUGUCGGGUCGGGGGGGCGUAGUGCGAAGCCUUGUGUUAUGUACGGUAGUUACAUAUCGAUGUGUUGUCACGCCAUAACCGCGUAUCUAAUCUGAAUAGUGUAGUCUGAGUAUCUCAUGGAGUAUUAUGUACCUGCAGAGGAGUAUCUGCUGUGUACUCUCCUGUUCGCCAAACACGAGUCCGACUCCUCACGGGACUCGGUGCCCGCUGACGUCAUGGAGACCAGAGUCUGAAUGCUUUUUAUAAAUGUGCAGCGUAGGGUCUAUUUUAUAGCUCUGUAUGUUAACCUGAUCACAUGUUUUAUAUCUCUCACCACACUUAUGAAUUCUUUCAAAUCAAAAGACCAAAAUCAAAUAGAAGCCGCAGCGAUGAUUCACCGGCUGCGAAAUGAGACGGAUUUCGAUUCAGUGUUUAGAAAAUAUUUCAUGUUAGUGUUUUCUACUUUAUUUUUUUUCUCUCCUGAGUUUGACAUGAUCCCUCUCAACACUG